AUGCCCUCCAAGAUUGCCCUCGUUUUCGCCGCCACUCUAGCCCUGGCUACCUCCGCUGUUGCCGAAGCCGAUCGCCCGCGCAUCUUCUACCCGCAACGGGCCAGGAAGGAUGAUACUGAAAUCGAUAACGAUGCCGACGCCUACGACAAUGAAGAGGUGAAGCGCGACUUUUUCACGUCUAUCAUGGACAACCUCGGUCUCGACAAUGAUAAAAACAAUGACUUCUCCGACAUCAGCAACCUCUUCGAGCCUGGCAAGAAGACCCAGGAAACUCCCACCACAACCGUCAUUGUUGACCAAACCGUCGUUGUCCCCCCCGGUGGCACUGGCAACCCGAACCCGAACCCGGAACCUCAGCCAACAACCUCAUCCACCCGUCGCGCUCGCCCUCGGCCCUCGACCACCCGCUCCGGUAUCCUUGUCGGUCCUACUGGCGUUAUUUUUCCUUCGUCUUCCUCGUCCUCUUCGUCCUCGUCCUCGUCCUCGUCGAGCUCUGGGAACAGCGCCACCCGUAGCGAGCCUCAGUCUUCCAGCACCCCCCAGGUUACAGCUCCGGGGUCUUCCCAGCCGCCGCAGGGCACAGCUCCAGGGUCUUCCAAGACAACCGAUGUUAUCACCACUCCCGAGUCUCAGACGACUGCGUCGGAAACUGCCAAACCGACCUCGCAACAGCCGACCACUACCACCACCUCGGGUGGCCUUUUGGACCCGAUUACCUCCAUUAUUAGUGAUAUCAUCCCCCCCGCUUCGUCUACCAACAGCACUACGAUUCAGACCGAUACUCCCCCUUCAAGCCCCUCUCCCACGAGCUCCGACUCGGCUGUAACCACUUUAAAGCCUGUUGAUUCUUCGACUCUUGUCACUUCCGGAGCUACAGCCCCCACCACGGCCCCCACAACGACUGCUGUGCCCGAGUCUUCAACAGAGGUUGCCAAUAGCACGGCGCCCGGGACUAGCAUCCAGACAACCGAGACGCCCACCGGCACUGGCCUCCUCCCUAUCUUGACCUCGGUCGUUAGCUCGAUCCUGCCUGGCUCCACGGAGACCGCCAAUUCUACCUCCACCGAUGGUCCCCAGACUCCUACAAGCCCGGUCCCCGUCACUUCUACGACCCCAACCACUACCAUCGCGACCCCGACGUCUGGCAGCUCUACUGGCACCGGCAUUAUUGACACGAGCAUCUUGCCCACAUUGACACCAACUGUCAUUCCUGGCAAUAACGCCACCACCACUGGUCCUACGUCGACUUCCACGCUGACUCCCACCACGUCCGUCAACGGCACCGAGACUGCGACCACAGGCACGACUCAGACUUCUAACACAAUGCCGACCUCAACUGGUGGUAGCGUCAUCACGCCACCCUCCGGCAACUCGACGGCGCCUGCUACCACUACUUCGCUUGAGCCUACUAGCACUCCUGUCGAGACAACCGCUGUCGAGACUACCGCGACGACCCCAACCACAACCCCGACUCCGACUCAAACUGGCGUCACGAGCAUUGCCCCCACUGCCACUGGCUCUGGUACCAGCGACUGGCUGCCCACUACCAUGAUCGUUGAGCCCACCAGCUUCAGCUUCACCGCGCCGACCACGACUCAAACUGCCACCACCACCACGGCUCUGCCUACCAACAUUCCUCAGGUUAUCAUUUCGUCCCAGGGCGACAAGCCUGCGCCCAAGGACACUGUUCAGAUCCAGAUUGGCUUCAAGUACCCGCUCAAUUACGACUUUGUCUCGGGCAACUCUGCGGCUGCUGCUCAAAUCUUCCGUCUGCUUCCCAUAGCUCUUGCUGAUGCAAACAACCUUGCCUUGGACAGGGUCCAGAUUACCAAACUUGUCCCCUUUGACACCCGUGAGACUGCCGGCUUCAUUACAACGCUCGCCAAGCUCCACUAUCCCCAGACGCUGGUCUCCUCGCUGAACUCAAGCAUCUGGCUUCCCAACUCGAGGCUGUACAACAACCCUUCGGAGCUGGUCAACAACCUGACGGCGCUCAUCAACCCUGGCAUUAAGAUUCUUGACGACAACGACGAUGAGGGCGUCGGGAACGGUGGCACUGGACCCAACAACAGCAAUGACGCCUUUGGCAAUGAUGAUCAGCCCAACCAGUCCAGCAAGCAGCGUGCCACUACGGCAGGUAUCGUUAUGGGUGCCGUCGGUCUUGGUGCCAUGUACGGCGCGGCUAUGUUCAUCGUCGCCCGCCGGUACAAGCGCAAGCGUCAGAACCACCGCCGCUCCAGCUCAAUCUCUUCUGUCGGUCGCUCUGAGGAGAUGCGGUACGCUGGCAACGGCAGCCCUGCUAUGAUGGGUGGUGCUCUUCUCAGCCCAAACAACCGUGGCACGUACGGCGGCCAGAGCCAGAACAGCAUGAACUCUGCCCGCACCGCCAAUAUUUCGGCGCCCGUUGCAACCGAGAACUCCCUCGGCUGGAACUAA